AUGUCCAGAAGACCCGCAAAGGGCGAGUAUAUAGAGACGGACACGGGGAACAAAGUUGCCCGGAAGGCCAUUCUCGUUGGUACCCAAAACAUCAUGCUCGGAGGAAAGUCUGUCAUCCAGCCAGAGGCGAUGAUCCGAGGUGAUCUCGUCCGCUCCCAGCCGUCCUCAGGCUCACUACUCCGGCCGCCGGGUCGGCUGUUCAAAGGGGUCUAUAGCCACAUGCCUCUGAGGAUGGGUGACCAUGUAUUUGUGGGUGAAAGGACUGCUGUGCGGGCCGCCAGCAUCGGCAGCCACGUCCACAUUGGACACAACGUGGUGAUUGGGGAGUUUGCCAUCAUCAAGGACUAUGUCAAGAUUCUCGAUAACACCGUCGUGCCCCCAACAUGGUGA